AUGGCGGCUGUGACUUCACUGCUCCAUUUUUUUCCUCGCUCUCCAGAAGAAGAAGAAGAAGAAGAACCAAGCAUACAAUCACGCGACAUUGAGAAACAUCGCACGCAUUCGUUAACGCAAGCAAUGAAGAAGCGCGGAAGAAGUGCAGACGGGCGCGAGAAGAACAAAAACGACGAAGAUGAAGAGGCGUUUCCUCGCGGGAAUUUCGUCGACGAUGAAAGAGACGAAGAACACGAAGACGAAGAACACGAAGAAGAACAAAACGAGCGAUCUCGUCGCGCUUCACGAACGAAGACAACCACCACUGCGACGGAGCGAUUCGCGGCUAUAUCCAAAGAUUCGUCUUUGAGUUUGAAAGGUAGAAAAGCUGGAGGUAAAGGAAGUAGCGGUAAAUACAUCGAAGCUUUGAAGUGGAAGACGUUACGCAGAGGCGUCAAGUUGCUCGGAAUUGUUUCUCACGUAUCGAAUAAAGGAUUAAUCGUCUCAUUACAGAACGGAUUGAAAGGAACGGUGUCGAAAUCAGAAGCCUCGGAUGCUUUUUAUAUUACUAACAAGGAUAGAGUCAAGAGAAAAAGUAAGAAGAAGCCGUCUUCGUAUUCCUCGUCUGAAGAGGAAUUCAGUAGUAGCAGCAGCAGCAGCGAGGAAAGUAGCGGAGAGGAAGAGGAAGAGGAAGAUGGAGGCAAAAAAGCAAAGAUUGGUUUGGAGUCUCUAUUUCACGUCGGGCAAAUCGUGCGAUGCGCGGUUGUAAACCUCGACGAGGGGAAAACCGGUGGGAAACGGAUUGAGUUGACUCUGCGUCUCUCGCAAGUGUGCGCGGGAUUGGAUAAAGAGUGCUUAACUGAAGGCGCGGCGAUACCAGCAGUAGUCACUUCCGUGGAAGAUCACGGAUACAUCGUCGAAUUCGGUAUUGAUGGUUCUACCGGUUUUUUGUCGCGCGAUAGCGCAGGGGAUGAGCACGAUUCGCUUCUCACCGGUCAGCUCAUAGAAGUUGUCAUCGCGUUGACGCCAAAAGCGAAAAAGGAUAUCAAUAACAACAAGAAGAAGAACGGAAGAGGGAGUAAACUUGGCGAGAGUAACGUGUAUAAAGUCAGCGCAGACACGAAACGGUGCUCAAGCGCAAUUGCGCUCGAAAAUAAAUCGACGUUGAUAUCUACAAUUCUUCCCGGGAUGUUGGUAAAAGCGCGCGUGAAGUCUGUUCUCGAAGAUGGCAUUUCUGUCUCGUUUAUGACGUAUUUUUCGGGAACAAUUGACUGCUUUCACAUCGCAGCCGAAGAUACAACAUCGUUUAAAGAAGGACAGAAGUUACGUUCGCGCGUGAUUUUUGUAGAUGCUCAAAAUAAACGCGUCGGUUUAUCUCUUCAACCGCACUUGCUUGAGGCACGCUCGCCGGCAAGCAUUCUUCCAUCGACCGGGUCAAUCUUCGAAAACGCCAUGAUAAACCGAGUAGAUCCAAAUGUCGGAGUAUCGCUUCAAAUCAGCCAAGGUGGAAAGACUAGAAGCGUCGCUGGAUACGCGCACGUUUCGCAUCUUUCCGACGAUCACGUAGAAAAAAUAGAAAAGAAGUACAAAGUAGGAAAACAAGUCAAAGUUCGAGUGAUUGGACAUCGAUUGUUAGACGCCGUCGCCAACGUUAGUUUAAAGAGAUCUGUUUUGGAGCAACCCUUCUUCAGUCUGGAAGAGCUAGUUCCUGGGAUGAUUGUCAAGGGUGAAGUUUUAGCGACAGAACAUUUUGGAGCCAUCGUAAAACUUGCCGAAGGUGUCAAAGCUCUUUGUCCACCGAUUCAUGUGUCCGAUAUCGUCGGACGAACGACGUCAUCUAAAGUUACUCCUGGCGCAAUCUUGAAGUUUCGAGUCAUCAGCGUGGACCGAUCCAGACACAGAGCUAUCGUUACUCAUAAGCGUGCGUUGAUAAAGUCGGAAUUACCGGUGUUGAAAACGAUCGAGGAUGCGAUUCCUGGACGAACGACGCACGGCAUAAUUUCAGGCGUUGUCGAUUACGGCGUUUUCGUCACACUAUAUGGAAACUUGAAGGGAUUAGCAGGAUCGCAAGAUCUCGGGUUGGCUGAAGGUCAGAGUAUUGCAGACGCCUAUGCGGUUGGUCAAGUUAUUCGAACGACAAUCGUUUCUGCGGAUCGAGGAGAAAACAAACUGAGACUUUCGCUAGGCGGCGGCGGCGGCAACGAAGACGACAAUGCUGCCGAAGGAGCGGAAGCAACGGUUGGUGCUGCUGCUGCUGCUGCUGCUGCUAUCUCUUUGUCGACGGACGCAGUACCAAUCGGUAAAGUUUUUGCAUCUGCGACUAUCACUAAAAUAGUCCAAGGCUCGAGCAUUAUUGAGGUGACUUCGAGUACAGAAGAGGGAUCGUUUCAAGGACUCGUCGCGUUUCAGCACCUAUCCGAUAACCCCGUCACGGCUCUGAGCAUGGCAUCAACUUUAAAAGUCGGGGAAGUUUUACCUGGAGCUUUCGUGGUUAUCGAAAGAAAGCCAAAAAGAGUUGUCAUGAGUCGGAAACUUUCGAUUAUAGAGGCGGUAACAAGUUCAAGUCUACCCGAUAGAGCAGAUAAGGUAAAGGCUGGAAAGAUAUAUCCAGGGUACGUCGCCUCAACAUCGUCGACGGGCGUAUUCGUGCGAUUUUUAGGUUCUCUCACCGGGUUAGCGCCUCCCUCGCAAAUACCUGACGGAUGUAACGCCACAGAUUCGUUCUUUGUCGGUCAAACUGUACAAGCUAUGGUCCUUUCGGUGGAUGUUGAAUGCGUUCCGCCGCGGCUUUCGCUUUCACUUCGGUUGCAAACAACCGCGCAACCUUUAUCAGAUGCGCCUUUGAUUCGCUCAUUCUUUGCGGACCUCGAGUUCUUAGAUUUCAAAGUUGCUCAAGAUCCCAAGGAGGCAGAGACUUUGUUAUCUGAAAAAACAGUACGCAUGUUUGAACCUGGAUGUGAUAUCGAAGGCUCGAUCAACGAAACGAAGGAUUACGGCGUUUUGAUCGAUAUCGAUGAAGAUGAGAAUGCAGUUGGGUUGGUUUCUCCGCAUCAAGUGCCGGAAAGCGUAGAAAUAGAAGAAUUUACCCCCGAGACUCGUUUAUCUGGAAGAGUGUUAGACGUUUCUAGACGCGAAGGUGUUAUUGAUAUCGGUAAAGUGAGCGUGGUGACCGAGAAGAAUUUAUCGAAGAAAAAGAAGAAGAAAGUAAAAUCCGCCUCCGCAGCGCUGAAGAAAUUGAAAGUAGGUGAGGCAACAGAAGCUAUCGUAGAGCUUAUUAAAGCUCAGUAUGUCAUUUUAUCUCUUCCAAAGUAUUCUGACGCUAUUGGAUAUGCUCCCGUUCACUACUGCAACGUGCGUUUAAACGACGCUUCAGAACGGUUUGAGGUCAAUCAGAGAGUGAAUGUGGUAAUUGCGCAGGUUCCUUCCGCAUCUUCUCCUGACGAUGUUAAAGGUGACGAGUUCUACAGCAACCGACUUUUACUCACCGUCCCGUACGUGGACACUAAUAAAUCGAAUAGCGGUCCAAAGGUUGGGACUAAAUUCCAAGGUGUCGUUUCGGAACUUCAGCCACUCCAAGCGCUUGUUUCGCUUCCAAACAGUAAAAAAGGACGCAUUCACAUCACCGAGACUGGCGCUUUCGCGAAAUCGAAGUUUCCGCUGGAAGAAUUAUCGCUCGGUUUGACUGUGAACGUUGCUGUUCUUGGCAUGGCAGGUGAUCGAGGUGGGCUACUAGAUCUCACUCUCAGGAGCAGCGCAGACGAAGACAAAGACGACGAAAAUGUGAACAAGAAUGCAAAGAAUGGUAAUGACGACUUUGAUGCAACAGCAUCAUUGAAAAGACCAACUCUACAAACGCUCGAAGUGGGUCAAUCAAUCCAUGCGUACGUCAUUUCGGUAUUGCCAGACGGUGUUAAAGUGUGCAUUCGACCGGAAAUAACGGCUUUUGUUCCUCUGAUUGAGACUGCGAGCUCGAUCAAAGAGCUUAAAAAACCACUCGAGAAGAGAUUUUCAAAGGGAGAAAAGAUUAAAGCAACAAUCGUCAACGUCAACGUUUCUAAGAAGCACGUCGACGUUUCUUUCCGGGAUCAAAACUCUGUCAGCGUCGGCGCAAAAGUCUUUGGUAUCAUUUCGCGAUUUAAUAAAGGUACUUCUAUGAUGGUGAGGCUUGGCGCACACGUCACGGGACGGGUUUUCUUAACCGACGUAUCCGACGAGUUUCAAGAAAAGCCAUUUUCCGAAAUGAAGGUUGGCAAUGUCGUAGAAGUUCGCGUGGUUUCGAUGAAAUCGAGCGGAGAAGUCGAUCUUUCAAUGCGACCGUCUUUGUUGAGUAAAUCUGGAGAAAAGAAAAAGAACGUGGCGAAUCCCGAGAUUAACGACGCCAAGAACCUUGAAGUAGGGAAGGAAGUUUCUGGAUACGUCAAAUCUGUCGGCAAAUCUGGAUGCUUCGUUGCGCUUUCGCGUAAUGUGGACGCGCUGAUAAAGCUCACCAACCUCGCGGAUGGCUUCGUCGUAAAACCAUCGGUUGAAUUCCCAACUGGACGAUUGAUUCGCGGACGCAUCUUGUCCGCCGAUGCGAAAACAAAUCGAGUCGAGAUGUCGCUGCGCGCUUCACAAUCCGAUUCUAAAACGCCAAACAAAGAAGCAGUCGCAUCGUUGAAAGUUGGUGAUGUGGUCAUGGGAACUGUACGUAGCGUGCAAUCUUACGGCGUAUUUGUCACUUUAGACGAGUCUGGUAUCUCUGGUUUAUGUCACAUUUCAAUGUUUGCGGAUAUGCAUGUGAAGGAUGAUUUGGCCAACCAUGUCCGAGCCGGAGAAAGAGUUCGCGCCAAAAUUAUGAAAGUAGAUUACGAGACGAGUAAAGUUUCUCUUGGCAUCAAAGCUUCUGUUUUUGGAGACGACGAUGACGACAUUGAUAACGGUGCACAACGCGAGGGUGAUUCAGAAGACGAAGAUGAAAUGCACGAUGAUCUUUUACUUUCUGACGACGAUGACGAAGACACUACUAAUAAUAAAGCUGCUAAAAUGGACUUGGACGAGCCAGAAGAGGAGGUUGAGAAUUUAUCCGAGAAAGAGGAAGGCAGGGCAGAAGAAUCUGAAAGCGACGAGGAGAACAAUGAGGAUGAUGACGACGACGAAGACGAAGACGAAGACGAAGACGAUGACGAUGAUGGCGAAGACAACGAAGACGAAAAUGACGACAACAACACCGCGACUGAGAAGGAAGAAGAUGUUGAUUUCGCCUGGGACGAGGAGGAGAAGGAACAAAAACAAAAACUCAACGCGAUGAAACGAAGUCGAGAGGAAUCCACUCAUCUCGAGGAGGGAGAAAAUGCCAAUAAACUUUCGAAACGCGCGAAGCGUCGCAAAGCUCGUGAGGUUGAGAUGGAAAUCUUGAGACAAGAGCAACAGUUGCGCGACGAAGGUCGUCUUCCUGAAAGUGCGUCCGAGUACGAAAAGUUGAUCUUAGCGUCACCGCUUUCCUCCUUUCUUUGGAUUCAAUACGUCGCGUUCCAAGUGAGCGUCGGUGCGUACGAGGACGCGCGAGCAGUCGCUGAACGCGCAUUAGAGGCAAUUCCGGCGCAAGAAGAAGACGAGCGAAUGAACAUUUGGAUCGCUUAUUUGAAUUUAGAGAACUCGCACGGGUUGCCGAAUCCAAAAGAGGCUGUCUCGAGACUAUUCAAGCGCGCCGUGAAUUUAGCCGAUCCAAAGAAACUGUACCUCGUCUUGGUAGACAUGUACACGCGCGCGGAACAAAUAGAAAUUCUUGAAGAAACGCUUAAAUUGAUCGUGAAGAAGUUUCGCUCGAGUUGUAAAGUAUGGCUGACGUACAUUCGUCACGUUACGCUCAAAGGCGAUGCGGAAGGUUCUAGAAAACUGCUCGACCGCGCGACGACUUCUUUACCAAAACGCAAACACAUCAAACUUUUAGUCAAAGUUGCUUUGUUGGAGAUGAAAGAAGGAGACCCCGAGCGCGGACGCACAAUGUUCGAAGGUAUUCUGCGCAAUUAUCCGAAGAGAACGGACAUUUGGUCCGUAUAUAUCGAUCAAGAGAUUAAGCAAAACAUCCCGGAAAGGAUUCGAGCUUUGUUUGAACGCGCCACGCACUUGGAGCUGAACGCGCGAAGCAUGAAAUUUUUGUUCAAGAGGUACUUAGAGUACGAGAGGUCUCAUGGGAACACGGAACGAAUGACGUACGUGAAGGCGAGAGCGAUGGAGUACGUCGAGAGGACGCUGAAUAAUAAUAACGAUGAAUAA